UUAUCCCAAAACUGGCUUCAGUGAAGAAGAGGUUAAACUAUAUCUGGCCACGCCUCCUGCUGGUAUUACAGCUGAAGUAUGGGAACAAUGUAAAAAGGAGAAUCCUGAUCCUCAACAUUAUAUUCCAGUAGCUGUAGUUGGAACUGAGGAAUUGUUAAAAAGAAUAAAAUGUCAAGACCAAGAGUGUAAACUCCAUGACAUGAGACUAAAGAUAAUGUCAGAAGACAUUAAAGAUUUACAGCAGGCCCAGGUUACCUCAGUUGCUAGAAUUUCAGAGUAUAAACGUAAGCUUGAUGAUCUCAGUCACAGAAUACUUAAGGUUAUGGUAGCACAGGAAAAGUAUAGAAAGUUUGGUUGGUCUGUACAACCAGUGGAAGAACUACUGAGGGGAAAGCUCGAGGCAAUUAUUAGAGAAUUGGAAUCGCCUACUCUACUGAAGGGUCGUCUGAAUGAGAUUACGUGUCAGUUAAGGAUUCAGGGUCAUCAUCAGUCGCUGACGAGUAGUCAUGGCAACGCAGGGAAACAUUUAAUGGAUCCUUAUUUAACAGAGAAUGUUAAAGAUCAUCUCUCACAGCAGCAAACUGCACUAUCAGAAAUGAUAAAGAUCAUUAAAACUGACUAUGCUGAUUUGAAACUGAUAGAAGAAGGCCUUAAAGACUUGUCUGCUUCACUUGUAGCUCAAUGACUUCAUUAGUAACAUUUUAUACAAUAAAAAAUUAUUAUCUGUACACCAAUAGAUACAUGUACAUUCAAAUAAGAUGCUUUCAGCCUUUUACAAGCAUCAUGUGUUAAUGACAAUG